AUGUGGAAAACACUGGGAAUGGAAGGCAAACUCCUGUAUCUCCUGCUGGUGGGAGCAAUCAUGACUGCUCAGUGUCAGGACUUGCGCGUGCGUCUCAAACGGGGAGCCAGAUCUAGAGCCAUUUGCACAGACAAUUCAUCUGGAGAAAUCUACCAGCACAGGGGGACCUGGCUGAGGCUCUCGGGGAGCAGAGUAGAAUACUGUAGGUGCGACAGCGGUCGGAGUCGCUGCCACGCUGUGCCUGUCAGAGCCUGCACUAGAAACAAAUGCUACAAUGGGGGCCAAUGUUCACAGGCAUAUUAUUCCCCACAGCUCUUCAUCUGCCAGUGCCACCAAGGUUUCUCUGGGAAACAGUGUGAAAUAGACACUGGGAUUAAGUGCUACAAAGAUGCUGGUGUAACAUACAGGGGGACGUGGAGCGUGACAGAGAGCGGAACUGAAUGCUUAAAUUGGAAUAGCAAUGGCUUGAUGGACCAGACAUACAGCGGACGAAGAGGGGAUGCUGCUGAGCUGGGGUUGGGCAACCACAACUAUUGCAGAAAUCCAGAUGAGGAUUCCAGACCUUGGUGCUAUAUCUUUAAAGGGGGAAAGUACACCUGGGAACACUGCAGUGUGCCCUCCUGUUCAAAAGUUGGGAACAUCAACUGCAAAUCUGGAAGAGGCACGGAUUACCGAGGCAGCCACAGUGUUACCAGCUCUGGAGGUACCUGCUUGAGGUGGAAUUCUCGAAUCCUUGUCAGCAAGUUAUAUACCGCUUGGAGAAGAGAUGCUUACCAGCUGGGCCUUGGUAGUCACAAUUUCUGCAGGAAUCCUGACAAUGACAGCAAGCCCUGGUGCCAUGUACUGAAAGGAGGCCAGCUCACAUGGGAGUACUGCAACGUGCCUACUUGCUCCACUUGUGGCUUACGGCAGCGCAGCGUACGCCAGUACAGGAUUAAAGGUGGCUCCUACACAGACAUCACCGCUCACCCGUGGCAAGCUGCCAUCUUUGUGAAGUAUCGCCGAGUGCCUGGAGAGCACUUCCUCUGUGGAGGAAUUCUGAUCAGUUCCUGCUGGGUUUUGUCAGCUGCUCACUGUUUUGAGGAAGGCUUCAGUGCAAAGCAGCUGCAGAUUGUGCUGGGUAGGACUUCCCGAGUAACUCCCGAGGAAAACGAACAGAAGUUUCAAGUGAAGAACUACAUCGUCCAUGAGAGCUUUGACUCAGAAAACUUCAACAAUGAUAUUGCUCUGUUGCAGUUGGACUCGGAUGCAGAGGACUGUGCUAUUGAAACACACACUGUCCAUCCUGCCUGCCUCCCAACACCAGACCUGCAGCUGCCCGACUGGACUGAAUGCGAGAUCUCUGGUUAUGGCAGAAAUGAAGAAUUUUCUCCAUUCUAUUCAGAGCACCUGAAGGAAGGCCACGUCAGACUGUUCCCAGCCAGCCGGUGCACAACACAGCAUCUAGACAACCGGACUGUGACAGACAAUAUGUUAUGUGCAGGAGACACGAGGCACCUUGAUGAUGCCUGCAAGGGCGACUCUGGAGGGCCUCUGGUCUGUAUGAAGGAUGAUCGUAUGUAUCUAAUUGGAAUCAUCAGCUGGGGAAUAGGCUGUGGCCGCAAAGACAUACCUGGCGUUUAUACAAAUGUGAAUCGUUAUCUUGACUGGAUUCAGGACAACGUGAAACCCUGAGAAAGA